GCCAGGCAGAAGGAUCUGUGACAGUGCAGGGUACAACUCGAGGUUGAGGGGCAGAGAGAGGAAAACAUUUCUCCCGAUCCCGCCAUACUUCUACCACUAUUCCACCAUAACCACCAUCAAAUUAAUUCAAAUUGAUCCAUUCUACAUUGUGCGAUUCAUUCGCUUGGGUUGCUGCAGUCAAGGUUUCUCCACUUCAAUAUUGGACUUAAUCAGACUACAACAUUACCAUUACUUUAAACUUUUUUUCCUUUUUCUUUUAGUUUUACUUUGAAAAUAAAUGUAUUUCGUUUUCUUUUACUGCUUGUGGACAUUUGCAAGUGUUUUCAACCUGUGAUCAUCCUGGGUAGAUCUAUCUCGUUGCGUUUUCAAAGAAAAAAAGUUUUGUUGCUCAGAUUUUUUCAUUUCAAUUGGAGGACCUCUAUUUUUCAACAUGAACAAGCUAUACAUUGGAAAUCUCAAUGAAAACGUGACUGCAGAGGACUUGGUUAAAACCUUUGAUGACAACAAGAUUCCAUACUCUGGGCAGUUUCUUAUGAAAACUGGCUACGCGUUUGUUGAUUGUCCGGACGACCAAUGGGCUAUGAAAGCCAUUGAAGCAUUUUCCGGUAAAGUGGAGCUCCAUGGGAAACAUAUUGAGGUCGAACACUCUGUCCCUAAGAAGCAAAGGACCAGGAAACUCCAGAUCAGAAACAUUCCUCCACACCUGCAGUGGGAGGUGCUGGAUGGUCUGCUGGCCCAAUAUGGAACCGUUGAGAACUGCGAACAAGUGAACACAGACAGUGAGACUGCGGUGGUCAACGUCACAUAUGGAACUCGGGAACAUGCCAGACAGGCUAUCCAGAAGCUGAACGGCUACGAGUUUGAGAACAAUUCCUUGCGCGUCUCCUACAUCCCAGAUGAGACGUCCGAUGUCGACUCCCAACGCGGCCAGGACAACAGUCGUCGCCCCGGUUACGGGUCCCGUGGCCCCCGUGGAGGUUCCCCGGGCUCAGGCAUGCCUUCGAAACACCAGCACGCUGAUAUCCCCCUCCGACUCCUGGUGCCCACCCAAUACGUGGGGGCCAUCAUCGGCAAGGAGGGUGCCACCAUCCGCAACAUCACCAAACAAACCCAGAGCAAAAUUGACGUCCAUCGCAAAGAGAAUGCUGGCGCAGCUGAGAAACCAAUCAGCAUCCACUCCACCCCUGAGGGCUGCUCCUCUGCCUGCCGUAUGAUCCUGGACAUCAUGCAACAGGAGGCUAAGGACACCAAGACUGCUGAAGAAGUACCCCUGAAGAUCCUGGCUCACAAUAACUUUGUAGGCCGACUGAUCGGCAAGGAGGGGCGCAACCUGAAAAAAGUGGAGCAGGACACCGACACCAAGAUUACCAUCUCCCCACUCCAGGACCUGACCGUGUACAACCCAGAGAGGACCAUCACAGUGAAGGGACCCAUCGAGGCCUGUUGUCUGGCCGAGACAGAGAUCAUGAAGAAAGUGCGUGAGGCCUAUGACAAUGACAUGGCCGCCAUGAAUCAACAGACUCAUCUGAUUCCCGGAUUGAACCUUGGAGCGCUUGGACUUUUCCCCCCUUCCGGUUCCAUGCCCCCUCCCCCACCAGGCAACUCUGCAUCCCCCUACGGCUCUUUUGGGGCCCCUGAGCAGGAGACAGUCCAUGUGUACAUCCCGGCCCAGGCGGUAGGAGCUAUUAUUGGGAAGAAGGGACAGCAUAUAAAACAGCUGAGCCGCUUCGCUGGAGCAUCAAUCAAGAUUGCCCCAGCUGAGGCUCCAGACUCCAAGAUGCGAAUGGUCAUUGUAACCGGCCCACCUGAGGCCCAGUUCAAGGCUCAGGGCAGGAUUUAUGGCAAACUGAAGGAGGAAAACUUCUUUGGGCCGAAGGAGGAAGUGAAGCUGGAGACGCACAUCAAGGUAGCUGCUGCCGCUGCCGGCCGAGUCAUCGGAAAAGGCGGAAAGACGGUGAAUGAGCUACAGAACCUCACUGCAGCUGAGGUGGUGGUCCCUCGCGAACAGACCCCAGACGAGAAUGACCAGGUUAUUGUCAAGAUCAUCGGCCACUUCUACGCAAGCCAGUUGGCCCAAAGGAAGAUCAGGGACAUUCUUACGCAGGUCAGGCAGCAGCAGAAGGGAGGCAUGGGGGAGCGCCAGGGAGAGCGCCAGGGGCCACACCCACAGGUCUUGUCUGAGAUGGGGCCCUCCCAGGGACUGGCACAGGAGCCCCGGCCCCAGAGAAAGUGACGGGGCAGAGGGACCUUACCGGACAGACAGACAGAAAAACGAACGGAGGAUAGAUGAAUGGACGUAUAAAAGAGAGCGACACACGGACCCAGCGAUAGACAGGAGAGAUGCGAGUCAAACUGAGUCAGAGAGAGGAAACACCUGAGAGAGGACAAAGUUUAGAGAGGAAAAAAAGAGAGGCAAAGUCAACUUAGAGAAAACAGAGACCAGAUGCCAGGCCAGAGCGACUGACUGGGAAUGGUGAGUUGUUUGGAGGAGGUGGUAGGUAGAGGCGUCCUUGUGUGUUUCAGAGAGGGUCUCUCUCUCACACACACCAAUGGGGGUCAUUUGGUUCUCCUCAUAUGGAGAGCCACUACUUUCCCUGAUCACACUUGGAUAGGCCAGCCUACUUGAUACUAAACCCAUACUGAGCUCUUAACCAUCUCCAGCCAGUCCUAUAUUUUAAGGGUGGUUUUUUUAAAGAUAAAGAUAUAUGUAUAGAAAUGUUUAUUCAGAGGUAUUAUUAAUAGAAUGCAGUGGAUCGGGAUACGGGAGAGGGGGCGGGGAAGCCAUUGUAGUGGGGGCGGGGUCAUGGAUUAAGUGACCCUUCGUCAGCCAAUGAAAGUUCAGCAGAGGGGCCGCAGUUGUUAACACUGCUCUUUGACUCCUUCAUAGAAAUCUAAGAAGAAAAAAAAUAAAAUAUGAGGUUGUAAAUAGAAUCUUCAUGAAAUGUAAUGAAAUGCUGCGCUCAAUCGCCUUGCCUUUUGGGGUCACCUCGAGACUCAGGUCUGCCUCGUUUCCGAGACACUGUUUGUUCCUGAGGUCCCGAUAGGCGUCUGGUGGUCGGAGCAGUGAGAGAUCAGUAAGAGCGUGGAGGCCGCGACUAGUCCUGCAGUUCUAUUGCAGAGGCUUAGCUCCGAGACGCGGAACGUGAACGACCGUAAACUAGCUAGCCAUGCUCGCUGGCGAGCGGCCCACGCCUAAACGGCAUAUUUUAUAUAUAUUAUAUAUAUAUGAUAUGUGAGUUAACCCAAGUCCCUCGGGAGAAUGAAUUGAGGGCAAGGAGAAAUACUGUGUAGCAGUCCUGCAAUGACUGACAGGCAAGAGGUCUUAUUUGAUUUUGCUCGUUGCCUUUUUCAUGCUGACCCAAUUUAGACCCAAACCGGUUCUUUGGAAACCCCUGUGUGUUCUGGAUUUCGUUUUAUUGGAUCUACGAAAACGUCAAAAACUAAAUAUAUUGUUUAAUUUGAUACCAAGCAGGAUUGGGCCCAUACGUACUGAGGUCACAAACGAGUUAGGAGACUAGAUGGAAUCAAAAACAGUACACACAGCAGUCUUUGAGGACCACGACUGCAUGGGUCAGGUGAGUUGAUCCACAGUCCUUGCCUUUAGAUGGAAAGGUAAUAACAGUUAGUGGGGAUGGCUUCCUCUCUCUCUCUCUCCCCCCUCCGCUGAAGGCCUGCUGGUGACGCUUCCAGACCCCACCUAAUGAAGGAGGGGUAGAAGCAUGGGGCGCUCUCACCGUUACUAGAAAAGAUUAGAUAAAAUGAAAUUAAAAAUAAAAACCUACCUCAGGGUAUUGUUACCUCAGUAUUCCUAACUUUUUUUUUGCUUGCUGGUGUUUUAUAUAAAGCUGAUAGUCCUGAAUAUUUUUUAUUUUUUUAAGAAAAAAUAAAUACAUUUUUUUAGGU